CAAAAUUUUCAUUCCAGAUGCGAACACAGUUUACUUCUUGAACUCUAAACUUGCGAAAUCAAAACUUUCUGUUUUAUGGCUGUUUAUAGCAUUUAACUUUUAUUUUCUAUCAAAUUUAGCAUCUUACUUGUGUACUUUUCUGUUAUAGUGACAAUGGCAGAAACAAAGAUCACUUUCAUUAGAGACUUGGACAAUAUGAAUGAUGAUUACACAGUAAAAGUGUCUAUUAUCCGGCUGUGGAAAUCGCUUUCAGAUGGCAACCCCACUAUUGUCAGAUCAAUUGAGAUGAUACUCAUGGAUGAAAUGGUUAAUGUUACGUUGUUUGGAGAUAUUGCAUACCAGUUAAUUUCUUAUCUUGAAGCUCAUAAAGAAGUUGGUCGUGUGAUUGUCCUUUUGCAAUUUGCAAGAAUUAAUGUCUAUAACGCAACACCUUCUGUGAACAGUUAUUUUGAACACACACGGAUGUUCAUAAAUGCUAAUCUUCCCGAAAUUGUUACAUUCACAGAUAGCUUGGUUGGAUUAAGAGGACUUCAAAACCCUUCUGCUUCUUUGACUGUUGAAAGCUCUAAAUCAUAUUCGGAAUUUGAUGACUUUUUGAAUAACUACAAAGUUAAAAAUGUUGUCGAUUUGAUAGAACCACAAGAGGUAUGUCGGCCAAUAUAUCAUUGUCGGGACCAUUUUGGUAUUCGCCAAGAUAUUGAUUGGUAUUAUGAUGCGUGUACAAACUGUGGAAAGAAAGUUCAAACAGAAGAUUUGUUCAGUGGUGCAGAUAGUGGUGAUGCAAGUGUCGUUUUAAAAUGCAAUGGUGAUAAUUGUAAAAAUAAGACGAUCUCUUCUGUUCCAAGGUAUAAAAUACCUAUUCGUGUGCAAGAUGAUUCUGGAACAAUCACUCUAACUCUCUUCGAUAGAGAUGCUUAUAGAAUCGUCAAAAAACGCGCACGUGAUCUUAUAGAUAAAAUCAAACAGGCUGGGGAUAAUCCAAGAUUAUAUCCUUACGACCUCAAAUGUUUGGAGCAUAAAAAGAUGGCUUUUAAGAUAGAUGUUAACAGUUUUAAUGUAUCCAAUAACUACAAUCGGUUUGGGAUACUUGGCUAUACGGUUGAUAGUAACGUUAUCGAUGCUUUGGAAAAAAAGUUAGCUGUCGAGGCAGGUAGUCCUGCAAAUGCUGAUGAUACAGAAAUCGCAUCUCAUGAAGUAUCUCAAGAAACAAAGUCCUUAAAGGAUGCGAUAUCGCAAACAGGUGAUAAUUUGACCCCAACAUUGCCCGACAAAUUUGAAGCUACAAGUCCGUUCAAGUAUAAUUCCCCAACAACAGUAAAAAAACGAAAUGUUGGAGAUACCAUUGAUGUUGAUGAUUAUGAUAAUGUGACUUCAUCCACCAAGGUCCCUCGAUUGAAUUCUAAAGUUGAUGGCAACACAGGUCUAUUAAUACCAAAGCUUGAAAAGUAA